AAAUAAACUAAAAAUCCCUGAUUUUGGGUACUACUAGCUUUGUAAGCUUUCUAAUCUUCUAAAAGACCCGUAUUUUCAAUUUUCACGUGUAUGCUUUAAUAACCAGAAAUUCCUAGUCGCAUUUCCUACGUCUUUCCAUUGAGCCAACUCGCAUUAAUGCCUUCAUAAAUGAGCAAUUUGCCCAUACUUUUUUUAUAUAUAUGUAGUCGUGGUGCUAUGUGGAUCUUAAAGUAAUCUCCUCUCAACUCAGUUUUUCAUUUGUUUUUCGAAAAUUCAAAAGCUAAAGUAGCUGUUGAUCAAAUGGAGUCAUUGAAGAAAGUGGACAGUAUCCUAGUGCUAAGGAUUCUUGCGAUUCUCUUGUUGGUCCUAUCGGUUUUGUUGAUCGCCUUAGAUUCCCAAACCAAGAACGUUUUCAACAUCUUAGUCGUCAAGGCUUCCUAUCGCGACCUUAAAAUUUUGAUUAUUUUGGUGUGGGUAGACUCGGCAGCAGCUGCAUAUAACGUCCUCCAGAUACUGAGAGCCCGCCUCUUGCCAAGUACCAAAGAAGUGACACCAGCUCUUGCUUGGAUUUGUUACUUGAUGGACCAGGCAAUAGUUUACGUAGUGUUUGCAACAAAUUCAGCUGCGAUUCAAGGAGCCUUUUUUGCGAUAACCGGACAGGAUGAAUUUCAAUGGAUGAAGCUGUGCGAUAGAUUUACCAGAUUCUGCAUCCAAAUUGGCGGAGGAUUUCUAUGUAAUAUGGUUGCCUCCAUUGUUUUGGCCGUGAUUUCUUGUAUGUCGGCCUGCAGUCUAUUCAGACUCUAUUCACCAAAACGCUUCCUUCAGUUACGGCACAUUGAAAAAUGAUCGUACCUACUUUGGUGUUUUAUACCUUUCCAUAAAAAAUAAAGAAAAAAGAGCAAAAAGGAAAUUUUAUAAUUAAAAAAAGAAAUUGAUGAUGUACUUUUAAUAAUUUAUCUGAUAGAUGUAAGUAGUUUAAAUGUGCGUGUAUUGUUAUAAUUACACACUCUAUUGAGCGAGGAAUAUGUUUGUGUUUGUACAGCACAAUUUCUUAUUAAUAUUUUAUGAGUUGAAAUUCGCUCGUUGUCUAAGAAAAAUGUGGUAUAUUGCUCAUUUCGUCUCGUAAUAGUACUAUUUGGUGGUUGCACUUUUCGAAGCA